AUGACACUGCUUGCUCGUGCCAGCCCCGUCGUCCGCCAGUCCCUCGCCCGCUCGUCCGCCAGGACCCCCGUGCGUUUCUCGCAUGGGCACGCCUACACCCCCGCCGACGCCGUCCCCUUCAACUUCCAGUCGAAGACGACCUUCGGCUCGAAGGUCGCGGUGUACCUCCUCAGCGGCUUCUCUGUCCCCUUCUUCGCGACGUGGUACCAGCUGAAGAAGUCCGGCGCCGGUGGUGCAUGA